AUGCUCAAAUUCACCACCGUCGCCUUACUUGCUUCUGUCCUCGGCAUGACAUUGGCUGCUCCGAGCCCUCUGCUCGAACGCCAAGAUGACUGCAUUCCUUGCGGACCAGAUGAUGUCUGCCUUGACGGAUGCGUAGUCAACCCAGGUGGUCCGAUCAUCCUGCCUACUACGACUACGUCGACUCCUGUCACCUCUAUCUCGUGCCCUGUCUGCAAGCCAGGAAUGGUCUGCCCUUUGUUCUGCGUCGUCGUUACGGUAACCCCGACGCCUACGCCUACGACUCAUCCAUGCAACGAGUGA